UACAGAGUGACAUUCUAGCGCUGGGACUCCUCUUGGCUCCGCUGAAUCUCUUGAACUUUUGCUUUAUUUUGAAACUAUUUGAAGUCCCAAGCUUUGUCAUUUGUAUUUUCUCUUAGUCUUUCACUAUCUUUUCACUUAGGCUCUCCUUACUUUUUUUUCUUUCUUCAAAUUGCAGAUUUAAGAAGGUAUUGAGCUAAAUGAGAAAUCUGACCAAUGUAAAACCAUAUCGCUCUCAUUUUUUCCUCUCUCAUGGGUAAAAUCUCGGCGUUAAUGGUAGCGCAGAGGCAGACAGGAGAGUAGCGUGCCCUGGUCCCCUUGCUUGGUGCUGGUCAUUCAUGCUCCACCGGCUGCCCGAGCAGCUGGGCUGUUGCUGUGCUCUGGUGCUGGCCGAGCCGGGCUGCGUGGUGCGCGAGAGAUGGACCGCUUCUUGGGUUUUGUCAAGCAGAUACGAAGAUCUAGGAGAAGAAAGGGGAAAAAGUACCGACCAGAAGAGGAUUACCACGAGGGCUAUGAGGAUGUCUAUUAUUACGCUUCGGAGCAUUUUCGAAAUGAGAGUCCCUACACUAAAUCCGCCAGCCAGACAAAGCCGCCUGAUGGAGCAUUGGCUGUGAGGAGACAGAGCAUCCCAGAGGAAUUUAAGGGCUCCACCAUCGUUGAAUUGAUGAAGAAGGAAGGCACCACCCUGGGUCUGACAGUAUCAGGAGGAAUUGAUAAGGAUGGCAAACCAAGAGUGUCUAAUCUGCGGCAAGGAGGAAUUGCUGCUAGAAGUGACCAGCUGGAUGUGGGCGACUAUAUCAAAGCUGUGAAUGGGAUCAACCUGGCCAAAUUCCGCCAUGAUGAGAUCAUUAGCUUGCUGAAGAAUGUUGGGGAAAGAGUGGUUCUUGAAGUGGAGUAUGAGCUUCCACCUGUCUCUGUACAAGGAUCAAGUGUUAUUUUCCGAACAGUGGAGGUCACAUUACAUAAAGAAGGGAAUACCUUUGGUUUUGUAAUACGAGGAGGAGCACAUGAUGACAGAAAUAAAUCUCGUCCAGUUGUGAUAACAUGUGUUCGUCCUGGAGGGCCUGCUGACAGAGAGGGUACAAUCAAACCUGGUGACAGGUUACUCAGUGUGGAUGGAAUUCGGCUCCUUGGAACCACACAUGCUGAAGCCAUGAGUAUUCUUAAACAAUGUGGACAAGAAGCAACGCUGCUGAUAGAAUAUGAUGUCUCAAUCAUGGAUACUGUGGCAACAGCAUCCGGGCCACUGCUAGUUGAAGUUGCCAAAACUCCCGGUGCCAGCCUUGGGGUUGCUCUAACUACCUCGAUGUGCUGUAACAAACAGGUCAUUGUCAUAGACAAAAUCAAAUCUGCAAGUAUUGCAGACAGAUGUGGUGCAUUGCAUGUGGGGGAUCACAUCCUCUCCAUCGAUGGCACCAGCAUGGAGUACUGUACACUAGCAGAAGCAACCCAGUUCCUGGCGAACACCAUGGACCAGGUCAAGCUUGAGAUUCUUCCCCACCAUCAGACCCGCCUGGCCCUGAAGGGACCUGACCAUGUGAAAAUUCAGAGAAGCGACAGGCAACUUCCCUGGGACGCCUGGGCCAGCAACCAGUGCAGCCUUCACCCCAGCCAUCACUAUAAUGCACACCACCCUGACCAUUGCAGCGUGCCCGCCCUGACUUUCCCGAAAGCGCCUCCUCCAAACAGCCCUCCAGCUCUGGUGUCUUCAUCCUUCUCUCCUACCUCCAUGAGUGCAUACAGCCUGAGCUCUCUGAACUUGGGGACUUUACCUCGAAGCCUCUACUCCACUAGCCCACGUGGAACCAUGAUGAGGAGGAGACUGAAAAAGAAAGACUUCAAAAGCUCUCUGUCUUUAGCCUCUAGCACAGUGGGAUUGGCUGGACAGGUUGUUCACACAGAAACCACGGAGGUUGUGCUGACAGCAGAUCCUGUGACAGGAUUUGGGAUCCAACUGCAGGGCAGUGUGUUUGCCACAGAGACUCUCUCUUCUCCACCCUUGAUUUCCUAUAUUGAAGCUGACAGCCCAGCAGAGAGAUGUGGAGUGCUACAGAUUGGAGACAGAGUGAUGGCCAUCAAUGGAAUUCCAACAGAAGACAGCACCUUCGAGGAGGCCAAUCAGCUCCUCCGAGACUCUUCCAUCACGAGCAAGGUCACACUGGAAAUCGAGUUUGAUGUUGCAGAGUCUGUCAUCCCAAGUAGUGGAACAUUUCAUGUAAAGCUCCCUAAGAAGCACAAUGUGGAACUUGGAAUAACCAUAAGUUCACCAUCCAGUAGAAAACCAGGGGACCCCCUUGUCAUUUCAGAUAUCAAGAAAGGGAGUGUGGCACACAGAACCGGAACCCUGGAACUUGGGGAUAAAUUACUUGCAAUAGAUAACAUCCGGCUGGACAACUGUUCCAUGGAAGAUGCAGUUCAGAUCCUCCAGCAGUGUGAAGAUCUGGUAAAGCUCAAAAUCCGCAAAGAUGAAGAUAAUUCAGAUGAGCAAGAAAGUUCUGGAGCAAUUAUUUACACUGUGGAGCUGAAGCGCUAUGGGGGACCUCUUGGCAUCACAAUUUCAGGAACUGAAGAACCAUUUGAUCCAAUAAUCAUUUCAAGCCUCACUAAAGGGGGAUUAGCUGAAAGAACUGGCGCAAUCCACAUAGGAGAUCGAAUCCUAGCCAUUAACAGCAGCAGCUUGAAAGGGAAGCCUCUGAGUGAAGCCAUCCAUUUGUUACAGAUGGCAGGAGAGACUGUCACCUUGAAAAUUAAGAAACAGACAGAUGCCCAGUCAGCAUCAAGUCCCAAGAAGUUCCCCAUCCCCAGCCACUUGAGUGACCUGGGAGAUGUGGAAGAGGACUCAUCUCUGGCACAGAAGCCAGGCAAGCUCUCCGACAUGUAUCCCUCCACAGUGCCCAGCGUGGACAGUGCAGUGGACUCGUGGGAUGGCUCCGGAAUAGAGGCAAGCUAUGGGAAUCAAGGCACCAGUUUUCAGGCCCCAGGAUACAAUUUCAAUACCUAUGACUGGAGGAGUCCGAAACAGAGAGGCAGCUUGUCUCCGGUCCCCAAGUCACGAAGCCAGACUUACCCAGAUGGAGGGCUGAGUAAUGAAGGCUGGGACCGGUCCACAGCCAGUGGUUUUGCAGGAGCUUCGGACAGUGCAGAGGCUGAGCAAGAGGAGAACUUCUGGUCUCAGGCACUGGAGGAUUUAGAAACCUGUGGACAGUCAGGAAUUCUGCGAGAACUUGAGGAGAAAGCUGACAGGCGUGUGUCUUUGAGAAACAUGACUCUCUUGGCAACAAUCAUGUCGGGGAGCACUAUGAGUUUGAAUCAUGAGGCUCCAACACCUCGAAAUCAGCUGGGGCGACAGGCCAGCUUCCAGGAACGGAGCAGCUCUCGGCCACACUAUAGCCAAACAACUCGGAGCAACACCUUGCCCUCCGACGUGGGCAGGAAGUCUGUAACCCUGAGAAAAAUGAAACAAGAAAUAAAAGAAAUUAUGUCCCCAACUCCUGUGGAGCUGCACAAGGUGACCUUGUACAAGGACUCUGACGUGGAGGACUUUGGGUUCAGCGUAGCAGAUGGCUUGCUGGAGAAAGGUGUAUAUGUCAAAAACAUUCGCCCCGCUGGGCCAGGAGAUCUUGGUGGUCUGAAACCCUACGACAGGCUGUUACAGGUUAAUCAUGUCCGAACAAGAGACUUUGACUGCUGCCUUGUCGUGCCACUCAUAGCAGAAUCCGGUAAUAAGCUGGACCUGGUUAUUAGUAGAAACCCACUGGCUUCCCAGAAGUCUAUAGAACAACAGACUCUCCCGGGAGGAGACUGGAGUGAACAGAACAGUGCUUUUUUUCAGCAGCCUAGCCACGGUGGUAACCUGGAGACACGAGAACCCACUAAUACAUUAUAGCAACCCUUUUAUAAAGCAGGACGAAAGACAAUUAUCUACAUGGUGCUAAAAAUCCCUUUAAGAUUUCUGUGCCAUUUGAGGCACAGAUAAUCACGUGGCAUUAACUGCAAGCACAGGGGUCUUUUAAAUCUCUCUCAUGGCUCAUGUUCACUUCCCUUUUCAAGUUGAAGAGGUUUCUUUUUUGGUGACCACUAUGGUAGAUGGCAGACAGAUGCCUGCCAGGCCCAAUGGUAGAGAAAAAGAGAAAAAUAGGCUACCCCUCCCAAUUAACAUCAGAGGAAAUUUUUUACGAGUUUCAGCUAUCACUUUUUAAAAAAAGAACUGUCUGAAAAUAUUAUCUAUGAUAAUUUCCUUAAUUCACUUUGAAAUCAGUUUCUUACUAUAAAAUCAUUAAUGUAAGAAUUUGGCUAAUGUAGUUUUUUCAUACAGCUGGCUCUCCUAGGGGAGCUGGUAUUUGGUAAGCUGCUGGGACUGCUGCCAUGAGAGGGGUACAGUUAUCAAAUCAAGUUAGCUUAAAAUGUUUCAGCAAUGAUGCACGUAGGAGACCAUAAUAGAUGGAGGUAAAUGUUUUGCCCAAAUAUAGGAAUGAUUUUAACUAGGAUGUAUGCUAUUCCCUAUGCAACAAAUUAUCAAACAGGAUAUGUCUUGUGACCUGUUUUUUUAAGGACACAUUUUUUAAUAGCUGAAAAAUCUCUGAUAAUGAGAGUAUGUAGUAACAAUGAGUAUUAGUUAUCCUAUUUUUAAAAUUCAAGACUAAGAAUUUAAGAGAGAAUGAAGAGUCUAUUAAAAUGAAAUUCAUCUUAAUGAUAGGCAAAUCAAACUCAUACUGCUUGAGAUGUUUUGAAAACUGGUAAUACUGAGGGGUGUACAGCACAUGUACUUAAAAACGACACUGGACUAUCUUUUGUUCUGAGCCAUGCCACUUUUCAAAAUUGUAAAUACAUUCUUCACAAAAUGCAUUGCCAAUUAUUACCAUCCCUCAAAGCAAUAAAUUGUAACAGUUGCUUUUAUUGUUUGUUGGCAACUGUCUUCAUUUGUUCAGAUAUUUUGAAUAGCAACACUAAUAACUGUUAUUUAAUAAAUAUAAAAAAUAGAUCUGUAUAUUGAUGGUAGGAUGUUGAAACAAUUAUUUUCCAAACAUUUCCAUUUUGGUGAAUAAUUCAAGCAACCAUUUAGGCAAAGCAUUUAAAACACUGUGUCCUUGUUUAAGGAAAAAAGUUCACCUUUCUUUUUGUGCAAAAACAAAAAAAAAAUUCAAUCACAUGUCAGAACCACCAGGGCAAGAAAGUAUAAAGCUAAGUCAUGUUAAGGAAAAAAAAAAGAUCAUGAGUCACUUAAAUAUGUAUUUUUAUUUGUAACAAACAAGUAUUAAACUGUAAAGUAUUUUUGUACAAAUUUAAUACUUUAAUAGCAUGGUAUUUAUCGUCUAUGUAUGGUUUUGGGGAAUUCAAAAUUGUUGCAAAUAUUUGUAUGGAAAAAAAAUCCCUCUAUCAAAUGAAAUAAACAGUGAUUUUAAAAAGCC